AUGGUCCAACCGCAAGCUUCGACCACAACCCAAAUGAGUUGGGGGCAAGCCCCAACUGUGCAUCAAGAUUUACGAUUCAAGGACAUGAAGAGAGAACAUACUACAGCUGCUGCCCUUCACAGACGUCGCGGACGGCACAGUGGACAGGACCUGGGUCGUUCUGAUCCUCUUCAAGCGCGUUUGCUAGCCACAUUCGUCGGGGCUCUCGGAUGUCUGACUUCUCUCCACCCUGUGCCUCCUCAGCAUCUCCCCGGUCGGUUGUGCUGGCCCGCACCAUGGUCUAGGCACCCCGGUCCUCGUCAACUCUCGCGGCUCGACAUCGGUGGUCGCUGUCAUCCAGGUCGGGACCUAGUGGUGGCUCGGGACGUGGAACGUUGGCCCUGUUCUGCAGGUGUUGCUAGCGUUCCAUCCCAUUCGUUCCUCAGUGCCCGCUGGGUCCGGGGUGGCAUCGUCACAAAUCAGUCUGCUUCCUCGGUGCCAAGAGCCGAGGUCGUCAGCACGAAGGAGAAAGGACUAUCGCGGCCCAGGUUAUGGGGAAAGAUACGUGUUCACCAAAUCAAACUCGAGUUCGUUGUUGCAGUUGCAGAGGCUAUGGAUCGUGUCCUGAAUGAGGAGGUCGAUGUCAUCAUCGGUCCGCAUAUAUGCGCGUUUCUUGCCAACUUGAAGCCACCCCAUACCCGUUGGUCAGACUGUCGCAAUGGCUCUAUGUGGUAA